AUGGCCUCCCGUGUCCUUGUCUCUGGUCUCCCCCGGUCUCUCCCUCCCCUACCUCCCGGGCGUGCUCCUUCCUGCGUCCCCUGCGUCAAGGGGCGACAGCGCGCUGCCCCUCACUCCUCCGAGUUUCCUCCGACAGAGGCUCCGCUGCAGACUCUUCACAUGGACGUGUGGGGCCUCGCCCGCGUCCGUGGCCAGGGUCACGAGCGUUACUUCCUAUUGGUGGUUGACGACUACUCGCGUUACACCACAGUCUUCCCCUUGCGCAGCAAGGGCGACGUCACUAAGGUGUUGAUCGACUGGAUCCGCGCAGCUCGUCUCCAGCUCAGAGAGAAUUUCGGCUCGGACUCUAAUAGAGGCGGGGAGUUUUCCUCUGCCCGUCUGGGAGCCUUCUGUCGAGUACAAGGCAUCCGCCAAAUCUUCAUGCUUCCGGCCUCUCCACAGAAGGAUGGGAUUGCUGAGCGCCGCAUUGGCAUGGUCAUGGACGUUGCUCGUACGUCCAUGAUCCAUGCGGCUGCCCCACAUUUUCUGUGGCCGUUUGCCGUUCAGUACGCAGCGCAUCAGCUCAACCUCCAGCCCCGGGUCUCCUUACCAGAGACCUCCCUCACCCUGCAGUGGACGGGGAAGGUUGGCGAUGCGUCUGCGUUUCGGCUUUGGGGAUCUCGGCCGUUUGUUUGUGACAUGUGUGCGGACAAACUGUCCCCCCGUGCUGUUCCCUACGUCUUCCUUGCCAGUUUUACCACCCUACCUCGCGCUGUGUUCUGUCCUCCCAGGAAGUCACCUUUGACGAGUCGGUGCCUUACUACCGUCUCUUCCCCUACCGCCCUGCACCCCUCCCCCGCCGCCGCUCUUCCUUGCGCCAGGUCCUCCCCCGAAAGACCCCCUCCCCCCUCAGGGUCCUUCCCCGUCAGCCUGGAGGUGCUGAGUCUAGGGGUGCAGGGCCUGGGGGUGUUGGGUCUGCUUGUGUGGCCUCGCGCGGUGCUUCUUCGUGGCGGGAGCCACUCUCUCCGCAGGAGUUGCGCGAGUGGUUUGCCUGGUCCUAGAGCCGUGCUGUUGGAGCUGGAGGUGUUACUAUUGCGGCUGGUCCCAGAGGUGCUCGUACUGGCGGUUCUGCUGCUUAGACUAGGGGUGCUGCUGGGGCUACUAGAGGUAUUGCUGGAGCUACUGGCGUACCUGGAGCUGCCAGUCCUGCUCCAGUUGGUGCAGCUGGAGCUGCUGGGGGUGUUAGCGCUGGUGGUGCUGCUUGCGCUAGUACGUCUGAGGGUGCUGGAGUUGGCGCUGUUCGAGCUGGAGGUGCUGCUGGCGCUGGUGCAGCCGCUUGGGACCGCCUCCCCCCUGCCUGCUCCUUCUCCCUACACUAGUCCUACUGGAGGUCUUGCUGAGCGUCGUGAGCCUGCGUCUCGUCCUGCGUCGCCUGUUCGUGCUGCUCGCACUAGUGGUCGUACUGUGCGUCCGCGUCCUCCUGCGGUCCCAGUCACACACCAGAUGGCACUGCGUCCUUCCAUUGCUCCUCUGCGUGUCCCGUUGCCGUCUCAUUAA